CAUAACACAGGGUAAUAGCGUGUGUUAAAGUGAAGCUGUGUGAAGGUGCAGUUAUCACAUAGUAUCCUGGCUCACUGAGGACCUGGAGCUCAUGCCACACUCUUGGAUUUUGAGACAACAAAAACCAGUUUCUCCAAGGAAAUGUCCAGCAUGAUUGCUGUAAUCCUGUCAGGAAUCUUCUUCCUGUUGCUCAGUCCCACUUGUAGUGGCAGCAAAAUCCUAGUAGUGCCCGUUGAUGGCAGCCACUGGAUCAACAUGGAGGUGAUACUCCGAGAACUGCACUCCAGAGGCCACAACAUCACUGUGUUGCGCUCUGCUAAGAGCUGGUUCAUCCCUAGCAACUCCCCCAUUUUUACUUCUAUUAAUGUGACCAUGCUGCAAGAUGAAUCAGAUUUGGACUACUACAAUAAAAUGCUACUAAAAGUUAUGGAACGUCGCAGGAUGCUAACUUUUUUACGCAGCUUCUACCAACAACACUUGAUCACAUCCAUGUUGUCACAAGGCCAUGAGAUCCUUUCCAGAGCCUCUGCUACAAUGUUGGAUAACCCUGUUUUUAUGAAGAAAAUGCAAGAUGCCAAGUUUGACUUAAUGUUAACAGAUCCCGCUCUGACUACAGGGGUUAUUCUGGGUAGUUACCUCAAGCUGCCAAUGGUUUUCAAUGUGCGCUGGAUUAAUAAUGGGGAGGGCCAUUUAACCAUAGCUCCCUCUCCUGUCUCCUAUGUCCCCGUGUCAGGAAGUGAACUUGAUGAUCAGAUGGACUUCCUGGACAGAACCAAGAACAUGUUGCAUUAUAUCUAUAGUUCAGUAGAACAGCACUUUUUCAUCAACCCUUACUACUCAGAUCUGUUCCAGAGGCAUUUCCCUCCCGGAACCGACUUACUGUCUUUAGAGCUUGCAGCCGAUAUGUGGCUCAUGAGGACUGAUUUUGUCUUUGAGUUCCCACGGCCUACCAUGCCCAACGUAGUCUACAUUGGAGGGUUCCAGUGCAAAAAGCCCCGUCCCCUCUCUGAUGAGCUGGAGGCCUUUAUGCAGAGCUCUGGGGAACAUGGGGUGGUGGUCAUGUCUCUGGGGACGCUGGUGUCAGCACUGCAUCGCGAGGCCACAGAGGCCAUUGCUGCUGCUUUUGCUCAACUACCUCAGAAGGUGGUGUGGAGGUUUAUUGGAGAAAAGCCGUCAUCCUUGGGGAACAACACCCUGCUGGUGAAUUGGCUGCCUCAGAGAGACCUCCUGGGUCACCCCAAAACUCGUGCCUUUGUAGCCCACGGCGGCACCAACGGCAUGUAUGAAGCCAUUUACCACGGCGUUCCCGUUCUGGGACUGCCUCUCCUCUUUGACCAGUUUGACAACGUACUCCGGCUGAAGGUACGUGGGGCAGCUAGGGUGUUGGAGGCCAAUUCACUCACCAAAGAAAACUUCCUAGAGGCUAUAACAGACAUUCUAGAGACUCCCUCAUACCGUGAGAACAUACAGCGUCUCUCACGGCUACACCACGAUCAGCCAAUGUCACCCAUGGACACCGCAAUUUUUUGGAUUGAGUACGUGAUCAGGAAUAAAGGAGCCGCCCAUUUGCAGUCAGUAGGUUUUAGUCUGCCUUGGUAUUCCUACUUCAACCUGGAUGUGGCUCUUUUAUUAAUGGCUCUCAUUGCAGCCUUUGUCUGGGCUUCAGUCUCUGUGUGUAAGAUUCUCUGCUGUCGAAGGUCCAGGAGGAAGACAAAGGCAGAGUAACUGAUCGUAACAGGAAAUACAUAUAUAUAUAAUCUGAUAUAAACUGACUUUUAUAUCACAUCAAACAUAUUACUCAUAUUUAUCAAGAUUUCACAGACAGAUUAGGUGACAGCUUCCAUCUGACUACUGUGAGUUUAGCAUCAGUUACACCUACUUCCUGUGUGACACAAAGUCUUUUCACAAAAAGGAACUUACUCACAUGGACUGUUGAGACAAAUCUUCAAGAAAAGACACUGGAACACUAGAUUAUGCUAUUUCUACUAAACAUAGAGCAAUAUCUGUACAGGGCUCCUACCUUGCUGAAUAAAUGCAUGUUAUUACAAACACUCUGCAAUGUAUUUCAUGUGCUCAUAUACCAAAUUAGCAUCAAUAUAAUAUGUGCAUUUUGUCAUCGGUCUAUAAAUGUAAAAAUGUAUGAAUGCUAUACUGUACUGUACAUUUAAACAUAUUGUAAUGGCAAACGCACUUGAGUGUUAUCAUGAGAUCACUUCCACACACACCAAACACACAAUGUGAGAUUGGGGUCUACACAAUUGUUUUUGAAACAGCUACUUUUGGAAAAGGAACUAAAUACCAGGUCAAGCAAGGACCCGAGCACUGAGGAGAAAGAAUACUCACUGGUAUUCUUUAUACAGUAGCAUACCAUAUACUUGUCACUAAACUAUAACAGAGAUGAAGAUGUUUCACCGUGAUAUAGUCAAAAUAAUACAAGCCUGUUUGGAAUCUUUCAAAGAAAAGUGAACAUUGUUGUUGGGUGAUUUAGCUAAAUAGGGUUGUUUUUCCGAGAAAAGGUUAGAAAAGUCUAAGAGGUGAUAACUUUCCAUGUAUAAAGGGUUGCAUAAUAACAUAUAGAUUGUGCCCAGAGCCAUCUUCGCUUUCAUACAGCUUUCUGUAGGACUGUAGUAAAUAUAAGAAGAAAAUUACUUAAAGCUUUAGAAAUGAUAAUAUAAGUUAUAGCUUUUCUUUGGCAAUUAUCAGAGAAGUGCUCUGACAGGUGAGUUCGACAUUUCCUAUACCGUCAUAAAGCAAAUACAAAAAUCACAAAGUCCGUCAGCGAUAUGGUGAUAUUUUGGGGGGUGGGGGGGGUAGAAGGAUGAAGCAAUAAGGUUGUCAGUUUCUUCACUGUGGCGUCCUGUUUGAUAUUCGUUAUGCAGAACUCUGACUAUAAAAUUGACUCAGAAUUGGGCUUAUCUUUGCCUAGUACUUCAGUUUGUUGGUGCUCAAUGCUGGUGACGUUCAUAUGACAAUGGCUUCUUCCCUAUAUUUCUAUAUGCAUAUUGUAUAUACAACGCCCUAUGCCAUGAAAAGAUGAAAAUGGAGUAGAAAACAUUCUGCAACCAGCUUGGUCUAGAUUACGCAACGUAUAUGAUGUCUCCCAGCUGAGGCCUUUUUUAAAGACACUAGUUGAGUAGUUGAGUGUGCAACAUACAGCUGUUAUCUGUCUCUUCCUUCCAAUGUGGUCUAGACAGGUCGCAGAGGCCUUAGCGCAAUGCUCUGAAUUAAAUAUGGGAAGUCAUGUCUAAGAGUACUGUUUAGUUACAAUUUUGGAUGAUUCAAUUAAACAGAGAUUGGUGACAUUUUAAAGGUAACAAAGUGAGUGAUUACACCCUCCUCCCUUUAGUACCACAGGGUAAAAAUACUGCCUAGCUCCCAUUGUCUCAACAUAGCCAUUCUUACCUAAAACAAUUUCAAUUGUGCAGAAUUGUUUUUGUUCUAGUUGUGCAUGAGCAAAGUUCACCCUGGGUCAAUUUAAACCCACUCACUCUCCAUAAAUUCACCACUCAUUCACUUUUACGAGAAUAAAUGUGUUUGUUCUA